AGAAAGUCAGCCGGCAAGAUGUCUUCGUUGACCAACGGCAAUGCUCCUUCUGGCCUCAGCCGGGCCCGAGCUGUCAAUGGACACAGCAGCGCACAGCCCAUCAACAUUGGCGGGCCGGGCGAGCCAUCGUCUCUGAGCGCACAACGUGCCAGCACUUCUGCUUACGUACAGCCUGGCUCGCCGCACAGUCCGCCAGCGCACUACUAUCCCAUCGCAUCAGCCUCACCACCGGCAACCAACUCUUUUGCUGCCAUGAAUUUGACCGACAGCGAGCGCAGACGCUCGAUUUCUCAGACUAUGAACUCGCCCAAUGGCGGUCUGAGCACGACUGUCCAGGCACAGGCUGCCUCGCCGCAGUCUGCUUCCUCGCAAGGUCUACAAAGCGGACGCAGUCCACGAGCGAGAGCAGGAACGACAAGUUCCAUCCAGCUCGUCAUGCCUAAACCACUCAGAUCCUUCAAUCCACAGUCUGUGCGCAUGGAGGAAGCCAAGAUUGUUCCUCGCAUCCUGCUACUCGAAAACGUAAAUGAGACAGGCAUCCAGCUGUUCAGAGCGCAAGGCUAUCAUGUCGACACCGAAAAAGGAGCGCUUGGCGAGGACGAGCUGAUCGAGCGACUCAUACAAGGCCGCUACACUGCCGUCGGUAUCCGAUCAAAGACGCGCGUCACCGCGAAAGUCAUCGAAGCUGUCCGCGAUUUGCUUGUCAUUGGUUGCUUCUGCAUUGGCACGAAUCAAGUCGAUCUCCGCGCGGCUGCCAAAGCUGGUAUUGCGGUAUUCAAUUCGCCUUUCUCAAACUCUCGGUCUGUGGCAGAGCUCGUCAUCUCUGAAGUUAUUGCGCUCUCGCGACAGAUCUGCGAUCGCUCCAACGAAAUGCGCAAGGGCACUUGGAACAAAGUCUCAAAAGGCUGCUGGGAAGUGCGCAACAAAACACUGGGUAUCGUUGGCUAUGGACAUAUCGGUUCGCAACUCUCAGUCUUGGCAGAGGCAAUGGGUCUCAACGUGCUCUACUUUGACGUAAUGCCAAUCAUGCCACUCGGUCAAGCUCGGCAAGUCGACACAUUGGACGAAUUGCUGUCUCAGUCAGACUUUGUGACGCUACACGUGCCAGAGCUGCCGGAGACAACCAACAUGAUCUCCCACGACGAGCUGCAAAUGAUGAAAGAAGGAUCAUACCUGCUCAAUAACGCUCGUGGCAAAGUCGUCGAUCUAGACGCACUAGCCGUGUCUAUCAGAUCAGGACAUCUUGCAGGCGCAGCAAUCGAUGUGUAUCCUUCGGAGCCAGCGAAGAAUGGUCAGCUGUUCAACAGCAAUUCGCUUGGCGGAGACGCCGGCUGGGCAGAAGAACUGGGCAAGCUGCCCAACGUCAUCCUGACGCCGCAUAUCGGUGGAUCAACGGAGGAAGCUCAGCGAAUGAUCGGAACAGAAGUUGCUUCUGCUCUCGUGCGCUACGUCAAUUUCGGAUCCUCACUAGGCGCCGUCAACUUUCCGGAAGUCUCUCUCCGACCCAUCAUUGGGGACAAGAUCAUCCGGGUCUGUCACAUUCAUGCCAACCAACCCGGUGUGCUCAAAAGAAUCAACGCCAUCCUCGGUGAAUACAAUGUCGAACGACAGCUNUCCGAUUCCAGAGGCGAUCUUGCCUACCUCAUGGCCGAUAUCGCAGAUGUCGAUCAAGAAGGCGUGCGCGCAAUCUACGAAGCCAUUCAGCAGACACCUGCAAACAUUGCUACUCGCGUAUUGCUAUAGACAGGCCGCUCGAUCAUGCAUGAUUGUAGACAGAUGCAUGCCUGCCGGCACUCUUGUGCUCGCAAAUUUAGCCUGCGUAGGGAAUAGCCUUGCCGCCCCACGUCAUUUUGCUGUAGACAAGUCAGCUCGUGUCCCUGCACCUUGACGACGGCAUACAAUUUGGCGUUAGCGAGCUGCGUCACAACGAUUAGCUCCACGUUCCUACUGACAGGCACCCAAGCGUACAUCGAGGGCAGGGUUCUCCUCGGCUUUGGAGGGAACAUUCAUCGAGAAAGUGUCGAAGACCUUCUGGUCGCGACGGUAGCACAAGAAGAGCUCGACCGUGUCAUCAAGCUCGACUGCGGGUCCAUCAAACGAGGCACCGUAUCUGUGACUGAGCUGAACUCACGAUCCCAGACUUCGCAACGCUGAUCGGUAUUGUUAGGUACCCA